AUCUUCAGAGUCUAAAGGUUCAUUUGAUCACAGGUUCAUGACUUAUUACCUAGGCAAGUGCCAAAUAUAUUGUAGCCAGAAGAAGAGAUUUGUCAGAAGAACUUUGUCCGGCACAAAAGCACUUGGCUCACAACAAGGAGACCACUUGGCUUUCACAUGGGCUGCAUCUGUGAUUUUAUAUAAAAAUGUCCAGGAGAAAUAGAUCUUCAGUUUCAAAACCCACAAAGAAGAAAGCUGAUGAAAAGGAUCACAAGGAGACAAAUAACAUCACUGGUUUGACCUAUAGAGAUCUGGCUGACAGCUAUGAACCAUGGUAUCAGACUGGCAGCAUGGCAGCAUCGGAACAUUAUCUGCGUCCUCCUGACUUCAACCAAGGAGGUGGUGAAAGGACAUUCUGCCAGAAAUAUUCCCCAAGCUUAAAAAAUAUGAUUCCCUUUCGCUUUCAUCAAAGAUCUUCUGCAAAUCCACUGGAUGAUGCUGGGCUCUUCUCAUUUGCAACGUUUUCUUGGCUUUCAUUCCUAAUGUUCAGAGGAUGUAGGCAAAACAUUGAAGUUGCCAGCUUGCCUCCUCUAUCGUAUCAUGAUAGUUCAGAACCAAACUCCAAAAGAUUUCGACUCCUUUGGGAAGCAGAGCUGGCCAAAGCAGGCCCUGAGAAAGCUUCUUUAGUCAGAGUGGUGUUAAGAUUUCAGAGGACUAGAAUUUUGGUGGACAUCGUGGCAAAUGUCACUUGCAUGAUUUUUGGUGCUCUAGGACCGACAGUGCUCAUACACAGCAUCCUACAGUAUGGUGAAAGUGGCUCCAGGGACCUGGUCAGAGGGAUUGGCCUCUGUGUAGCCCUGUUUCUGACCGAGUUUUCCAAAGUUCUGUUCUGGGCAUUGGCAUGGGCUGUGAAUUACCGGACCGCUAUCAGAUUAAAAGUUGCCAUGUCUACAGUUGCAUUUGAGAAACUGCUGGCAUUCAAAUCUUUGUCACACAUCUCUUUUGGUGAAGUGAUCAAUCUAUUAGCCAACGAUGGCUAUCGGAUGUUUGAAGCAGCCUUAUUUUGUCCCCUGCCAAUUGCUGUGCCUCUGCUGAUGAUUGUCUGUUCAGUCUAUUCUUGCAUCAUCCUUGGUCCCACUGCACUCAUAGGAACAUUAGUGUAUAUUGUGUUCAUACCCAUACAGAUGUCCAUGGCCAGGCUUACUUCUGUCUUCCGAAGAGCUGCCAUUUUGGUGACGGAUAAACGUGUACGAAUAAUGAAUGAGAUUUUGACAUGCAUUAAGCUGAUCAAAAUGUACGCUUGGGAGAAAUCUUUUGCCAAAGCUGUCAGAGGCAUCAGGAAAGCAGAGAGGAAAAUACUGGAAAAAGCAGGAUAUGUUCAAAGUGUGAACUCUGCCCUUACGCCAAUUGUAUCCACCCUGUCGAUCGUCAUGACAUUUUUCAUCCAUACUCUUUUAAAGCUCGAACUAACAGCCUCUGUUGCCUUCAGUGUGAUAGCAAUGUUCAAUGUAAUGAGGUUUGUCAUUGCCAUUUUGCCAUUCUCUGUGAAAGCUGCAGCAGAAGCAGCUGUUUCUUUAAAAAGGCUGAAGAAAAUUCUGGUUACUCCAAUUCCUCCAGCAUAUGUGAUGCUUUUGAAGGACUCCCCUAAUGCUGUGGUCCUGGAUGGCGCCACGUUGUCUUGGGGACGUUAUUUCAGUGAAUGCAGCACCAAAGGGAUCAAGGAGGCAACCCAGAGUGUCACUUCUGCCAACAAAUGCAAUGCCAAAAAGAGCACGGACACAACCCUGAACGGGAACAGCAUCUGCAAAGACAAAUCGGGGUCAAAAUCAGUCAUUUCUCCCUCUCAGAUAACAAUUGCUAGGAAGGAUAGCAGCUGUCCCUUUGCUUUAUGCAACCUAAAUUUCGCAGUACCAAAAGGCAAAAUCCUGGGGAUCUGUGGAAAUGUUGGAAGUGGAAAAAGCUCAAUCAUCACAGCAAUACUGGGACAGAUGUAUUUGCAUAAGGGGACAGUUGCUGUGGAUGGUUCAUUGGCUUACGUCUCACAGCAGGCAUGGAUAUUUCAUGGGACUGUCAGAGAAAAUAUACUUUUUGGACAAACCUACGAUGAACAAAGAUACAAUUAUGCCAUCAAAGUCUGCUGCCUGAGGUCGGAUAUGGAUAUUCUUCCUUACGGAGAUAUGACUGAAAUAGGGGAAAGGGGUAUCAACCUUUCUGGAGGCCAAAAGCAGCGAAUCAGCUUAGCUCGUGCUGUCUAUGCCAAUAGAGAUAUUUAUUUAUUGGACGAUCCUUUGUCAGCAGUGGAUGCACAUGUUGGGAAACAUAUAUUUGAAGAAUGUAUUAAAGUUGCCCUGGAAGGGAAGACCAUACUCCUUGUUACCCAUCAACUUCAGUAUUUAGAAUUUUGUGAUGAAAUCAUAUUGCUAGAAGAUGGAGAGAUAUGCGAGAGCGGCACUCACACAAAACUGAUAGAAGCAAAAGGACGCUAUGCACAUCUAAUUCAAAAUCUGCAUGCAGAAGAAGCAAUGAGUCCAAGCAAUGGUUUCCUUAACUCAAGUGCAGUGACAGGAACAGAAGAAGAGGUUCAGGAGAAUGUUCCCGAAGUCUCUUACAAAGGAGUUGAAAAUCCUGCUUUCGAUAUGUCUGAUGAGGCCAAUGAGGAAUCGAAGAAAGACCUUGAAGUGAGAAGAGAUGCAGCUCCUGCAAACCAACUUGUUCAAGAAGAAGGAAGGCAAGAAGGCUCCGUGACGUGGAAAACUUACUGCACUUAUAUCAAGGCAUCUGGAGGUUUCAUCUUAUGGUUCUUCAUCGUGCUCCUCUUUGUUCUCAUGAUUGGUUGUUCAGCCUUCAGCAACUGGUGGCUGAGUCACUGGCUGGAGCAGGGAUCUGGGGGGAACUGCAGUUCUACACAGAACAUAACCUGCACAGAAGGAAGUAUCACUGAUAAUCCUCAACUGCACUUCUAUCAGCUAGUCUAUGGAAUGAGCAUCAUCUCCAUGAUCAUCCUAAGCUUCAUCAAAGGUUUUGUUUUUACCAAGACGACAUUGCGAGCUUCAUCAACUCUACACAAUACGGUCUUUUACAAGAUCUUACAGAGCCCAAUGAGUUUCUUUGAUACAACGCCCACUGGCAGAGUAAUGAACCGUUUUUCGAAAGAUAUGGAUGAAUUGGAUGUGAGGCUUCCAUUUAAUGCUGAGAAUUUUCUGCAGCAGUUUUUCAUGGUGCUCUCGGUUGUCAUCAUCGUUGCCAUUGUAUUUCCUUACCUCCUAAUUGCAGUGGCUGUCCUAACUGCUAUUUUCAUUCUGCUUUUCCAGGUUUUUCAGCACACUAUUCGAGAGCUGAAACGAGUUGAAAACACCAGCAGAUCUCCGUGGUUUUCUCUGAUCACGUCUUCUGUCCAAGGCCUUAGUACAAUCCAUGCCUACAAUAAGAUGGAAGACUAUAUGAGUUGCUUUAAAAUGUUGAAUGAUGAAAAUUCCAGCCAUUUCAUGCUGUUUAACUAUGCCUUGAGGUGGUUUGCAGUGAGGACAGAUAUCCUUAUGAAUACCAUGACUUUGAUCGUAGCCCUCUUUGUUGUGCUCAGCCCUGCUUCCAUCAGUGCCGCAGAAAAAGGCUUGGCUUUAUCUUACAUUAUCCAGCUAAGUGGACUUCUCCAAGUUUGUGUGAGAACAGGAACAGAGACGGAAGCCAAAUUUAUUUCUGUGGAGCAGAUCACAGAAUAUAUAACGAAAUGUGUUCCUGAGAUAAAAGACGGUGCUACAGUUGUCGUCCCUCCUGUAGAUUGGCCAGAUAAAGGUGAAAUCAUGUUUAAAGAGUAUCAGAUGAAAUACCGAGAAAACAGCCCCAUUGUGCUUCAAGACAUAAAUGUGAAAAUUCAUGGCAAAGAAAAGAUUGGGAUUGUUGGCCGGACUGGCUCUGGAAAAUCAUCUUUAGGGGCUGCCCUGUUUCGACUGGUGGAACCAGCUGCUGGAACCAUUCUGAUUGAUGGUAUUGAUAUCUGCACUAUCAGUUUGGAAUCGCUUAGGACGAAGCUGUCAGUCAUUCCUCAAGAUCCUGUUCUGUUUGUAGGUACAGUAAGGUACAACUUAGAUCCUUUUAAUGACCACACAGAUGAUCAGAUCUGGCAAGCUCUGCACAGAACAUUUAUGAAAGGCACAGUUUCAAAACUGCCAGGAAAACUGGAAGCGCAGGUUGUUGAAAAUGGAGAAAACUUCUCUGUGGGGGAACGACAGCUACUCUGCAUGGCAAGAGCACUCCUUCGAAAUUCAAAAAUUAUACUUCUUGAUGAAGCCACUGCCUCCAUCGAUUCUGAGACAGACAAGCAGAUUCAGCAGACUAUCCAAGAAGCCUUCAUGGACUGUACAGUCUUGACCAUUGCUCAUCGGAUAAACACCAUCCAUGACUGCGACCGUGUUUUGGUGAUGGACAGUGGAAAGGUAGCAGAGUUUGGCAAACCAGAUGAGCUUAUUCAGAAUCCCAAUUCUGCAUUUGCAUCACUCUUAGCGGCUGCGAACAAAGUUGGAGCUUAGGACAGGAAAGUAUUUAUUGGUGCUUGCUUGGUGGCUUUUGGGAAAUGAAGACUUCGCAUGGACAAGGAGAGUAAAAACUUCUUAAUAUCUAAAUCGUCAAAUCCCAUUUUCCAAGAAGUAUUGUGAACUUUGUCAAAGGUCCUGUCUACUGGGAAAGUCAGAAGCUUAAUAUAAUGCUGGCAAUUGAAAACUAGGAACUGAAAUGAAAGAAGCAAGGAAGUACGCAUGCCAAUGUAUGUGACAGUAGACUCUUGAUCUUGUUCAAAACUCAAGAAAGAAAAUCAGCCACUACAAUUCAUGGGCUGACAUGAUAUUUUUAGUAAGAAAACUUGAUGGAGAGUUGUCCAUUUCAGAUCUCUUCAUAUCCUCGAGAAGCUAAUGGAAUAAAUUAGCUAUGAUUCCCUGAUGUUGGAACAGCAUUAAUAACACUGGAUGGCUUUUUCGGGAGGAAAAAAAACCACAAAUUGGAAUCCAUCUCAUAUACAAUUAGCCUUUUUAAAUCCCACUGACUUCAGUGGGAUCUGAGGAUCUUAACUGGGUAUAAGAUUGCAGCUUUUGUCUUCAACCUGCAUCUGGUGCAUGCAGCAGAAAGAUACCUCAGUGUGUCGGUAAAAGAAGCUGGUCGUUCAGUACUAUAAAGUCCCCCAGAUAACAACUAGAGUAAUUUAAGCACCUACUUUACAUUCCCUUUGGAAUCGAGAUAUAAAAAAAUACUUGUAUUUGUCUGGAUCGUGCCAAAUCAUUCUGUAUAUCCCUGUGACAUAUUCUUCUCUAUAUGUCAGAAAAAGAAAGAAUACAUGAACUCUAGUGGAGAAAGCAUGGUGAGUUAUUUUGAUCUCUUUGUGCUUGGUUAUAAAAACAAAUAAUAAAGAAUAUUGUCCAUUGCA